AUGAACGACAUUGUCAUCUACGACAUGGCCACCACACCCACACCCGCUUUUGUUGCUGCAGAGUUCCACAACACCCUUGGACUUAGCCGAUCCAUGGCUUUCCCCGUCGUUCUCGCCAACCAUGGCAGACGCUCUCUUGAAUCUACGACAACAGUGCGCAACGUAAAGUCAACAAGCGCAUCGAAUCUUGCAAGAACUGCAAGACACACGGCCAUGCGACUACUGAAUGCAACGACCCCGACAUCGACAUGUCCGAGAAAACAUGUGAACGAGCGUCUUGCGGUGAAGAAUGCCACACUGCCGCCUUUUGUCCGAAACGAUUUUGUGGCAAUUGCGCACAACGCGGUCACACAUCUGGCGAGUGUCUACCUGAGCGACGCUCCUAAGUCUUAG